GUAAAACCCGAGUGAAAACGGUUCAAUUCUGAUUUCAAUUCCUCCCUCAAGCGUCAAUGGCAGACGUUGAACCUCGCUCAAAGACUCAACCAAGAUCAACAAAUGUUAGGUCAAGAACAAGUCCUCCUCCUAGCGAACAUGAUCAAAGACCACCAACAAAGAGAGCCAGAAAAGCUAUCAACUGCGAACCUUGUAGAAACUCAAAACUAAAGUGUGAUAGAAACCGACCAUGCUCGAGUUGUGUUCUCAGAGGAACUAUCGCAUUAUGCUACCAGGAUGCUCGUGGUCAUGAAUCAGACUUGAACCUACGCUCAGAUGACCAAAAUGCUUCUAGAGUGGAUCCAAUGCAAGAAAUAACUCGUCUGAAACACAGCGUCUCACUACUCGAAACUUUUAUCAUUGCAAACCACCGAAAUCUCCCAUUCAAACGUCCACUCGACCCUCCACCUUCAGGUCCUCCAAGUCCACUCAAGAAAGAGCCUCAAGACUCUGACUCCGUUGAUCGUGAUAAUCCUCCCGGCAUGAUCGGCUCCCAGGGACACGGCGGUUUCUACGCUGGCACUACUUCUGUCGUUACCCACCUCACAAUGAACGAAUCACGCGCUUCAGGCGACCCAAUGGACAGACACCCCUCCAUAGAAGGCCUCGUCACAGACGAAAUCGCAGCUUCCACUCAUGAAUACGACAGAGACCUCCUAGAGGUUCUCCCAGCACUCGAAACAAUUGACGCACUCAUCAUCUACUACUUUGAAUACUGCAAUUGGAUUUAUCGUCACGUAAACCAACCCGCAUUCACUACCGCGUGGUCUCGCUUCAAGAGCGGCUCAUCUCCAGAUAGAGUCGUCCUCGCGACUGUCUGCAUGAUCAUGGCUAUCGCCGUUCAUUACUUGCCUCACCGCGACCCACUCAUCGCACAUCUCGCAGAUAACCAUGAAGAACUCGGAAAACGCUUCUACGAUGUCAUGCGCACAGCACUCGAUCGACAUCGUGCAGAGUCCAGAACCUACACCCUCGAACUCGUCGAAUGUCUCCUGAUCCGUUCUCACUAUCUAAACCUCAGCAAGACAGAUAGUGAGGAAAUUUGGGCAAUUCGUGCCGAAUUAGUCAGCAUAGGCCUAGCAAUGGGCCUACACCGCGACCCAUCUAGGUGGAGAAUGAACAAGGAACUUGCAGAGAGAAAACGUUGGGCAUGGUGGCAUAUCAUAUUACUCGAACGAUGGCAAGCCUUCAUGUUUGGUCGUCCUCUUGCCGUAGCUUCCCACCACUUUGACACCCAACUUCCCUCCGCUUCCCCCAUCACGCCCACAAACCCUCCACAACCACGUCAACUCUACGCUCCAAAUCUUGCACUCUUUCGCCUCGCCUACGUCUUAGGUGACAUCAUGGACACUGCCGUCUCGCUUCGCUCUGUGUCAUACGACACGAUCAUGGCACACGAUAAGGCGCUCGCCAACUGGAUGGACAACUUACCUCAGGAGCUCGAUCUGGACGAGUUCAGAAUCGCGCGCGCCCUCGCAAGCCCAGACAUCGUCACGAGAAGACUAGGCGUACAAAGCGUCAUCAUCCGAACAAGCUACUACCACAUCCGCUUCACACUCCACAGACCAUACGCUUCCGCAUCACCCUUCCUUUCCUCCAACGACAAAGACAAGCACGAAAAAUCCGAUAAAGACCCAAAAGAUGCCGCCAAAUCUGAACGCCAAGCAAACAGCCUCGACAUAGCAGUAGGCAGCGCCGACAAACUCAUCACCCUCGUCGAUCACGCCCGUCCAGACUUUCUCGCAAAUGCCAGCCUAGCAGUACCAGGCCACAUGUCCUGGGGACCCUUCCACGUAUUCAGCGCCGCCAUGUUCUUCUCCUUCCAACUCAUCUCAAAUCCCAACCAACCAGGCGCAGGUCUCUUCCGUGCAAACAUCAAGAAAGCGCUCGGCACUCUCGAACUAAGCCGCGGACAAGCAGUCGCAGACCGCGCUCUCGAUAUCCUGGGCGCCCUCCAACCCCUCUACGAAGUCGGAUUCGCAGACAUGGAAGUAAGCGAACGCGAAACCGUCAAAGGACGUGUUCUCGGGCUCGUCAAAACUCUCGCAUUCCCCUAUCAUGACCAAUCGCGUUCAUCACGGAGCGGGGCAGCCGAUAGCCCUCCCAACUACUCAGGUGGCAGUCCAAGCGGUUACUUAGGCAGUCCAGCAGGUGGGUACGCAGCUGGGAGUCCUAAUAAUGGCGCAGCGGUUUUUGGCGGAAGCCCGAACGCAAGCGUGAGGAGGAAUAGCGUGGAUUACCCGCCUCACACACAUACAGCUCAACCGCGAUACGUGCCGCCUAAUACGUCUCCGCCUUAUCCGUACCCUGAGAACAGGGGGUACAGUGAUGUGAGGGGGUCGUAUGAGGGUGCGAGGUAUGUGGAUGGGGCUUCCAGGACGGUGCCUGCUUCUGGUGCUACGCCUUCGACGAGUACGUAUCCGGAUCCGCCGGCUCCUGCACCCGCACGGAAUCCAUAUCCACCAUCUGCGUCAGGGUCAGGGUCAGGGUCGGCGUCAGGGUCAGGGAAUCCGUACCCUGCACCACCGCCACCUGCGCCAUCGCAGACACUACCAUAUUCUGAUUCUGUACGAUCGUAUCCGCCUCCAUCUGAUGGGAAACAUGUUCAAGCACCUUACCCCGACACACGGCCCUAUCCUGUGCAAGGCAGCAUAGGGGGGAGCAGUUCGUCAUACCCCUAUACAUACCCGACGCCAGUGGAGGAGGAUUCGAUGUGGGGAGCGUCGUUAAGCCAGGCAGAGUGGGCGCGGUUUCUAGAUGUGAUGCAGCGGCCUACAGGGGAGAGGGGAUGAGACUUGAACAUGGGCAUUAGCAGCAAGACGUGCUACAUGU